AUGGCCGCUGACGUGGACUCGGACGCUGUGCGAUCUAGAAUCGAAGCUUUGUGUCCUACUCUCGAUCAAAUCCAGGACAACACUCGGUCAGCUUCAAUCAGCAUCGGCGUCCUUCACUACGGAGAAGUAAUCUUCACUCGAAGCCGUGGGUUUCGCGACGUGGAGUCACAAGCGCCCGCUGAUUCUGAGACGAAUUAUCUCCUAUGUUCGCUCACGAAAGCUUUCAUCGCUGCAUGUUGCGGCAUCCUUGUUGAUGAAGGAAAGUUGGAGUGGGCAAAGCCUCUGCAGAGCUACACCUCUUUCCGCAGUGUUGUGGAUCCUGUCAUUGGUGAAAGAGCGACUGUUCAAGAUGCACUCUCACAUGGUACUGGGCUAGCGCAUAUGGACCUUACAUGGCUAGGGGUAGAAUGCGAAAACAUCCUUGAUAAGGAAGACUUGCUCGACGUUGUAAGCCAUCUACCUCCGGUUCAUGACCUACGAAGCGGCUUUCAUUACAACAACUACAUGUACGCCGUGGCUAGCUUAGGAAUUGAGAAACAGUCAGGUCGGCCCUGGUACGACUUUCUGAAGGGGAGAAUCCUAGAGCCCAUCGCAAUGCAUCGAACUGUCACAAACAGAACGAAGUUACCAGACGACAAUGUCGCGGAACCCCAUGUUGUCCUCGAUGACUACUCUCUACAUCGGCAAAAGCGAGUUGACACAGCCGCUGAUAAUACUCUUAUGGGACCAGCUGGAGGUGUCUGGUCUAAUGUAUCAGAUCUGAUGAAGUGGGCCAAAGCUCUCCUUGCCGCGAUUCACCACGAGCCUUCGGUUCUCAAAGAGGUACCGACCAUCGUAUCACACAAAACCAACAUCACGAUAUCCUCUAUCGGCGAGAAUACAUACGGCCUUGGGUUUGCUCGCGCCAUGAUUCCAUCAACAGAGCUAGGCAUGCUUUCUCUCAAUGGCCCACAGCGAGAACACGUAAUUGGUCGAACAUCAAGACCUAGACUUGUUCUGUAUCAUAAUGGCGGUAUGUCGGGAUACCUAGCGGCCUUCUACCUAUUUCCAGAGACAAAUUCGGCUAUAGUGGCAUUGGGGAAUUCUCAUGGCCUGGGGGAUGGUCCGGAUUGGUCUGCGCAAGCUAUUGCGCAGACCAUGUUUGAUCUUCAGCCGCCGAUCGACUUCGCUGAAGUAUCAAAAAAGAGAGCUAAGACAGAGUAUGAUAGAUAUGCCCGUCUGGCAGCAGACUUUGAGUAUGUUCGGAAUGAGGAGAGAAGCAAAGAAAAGCGGUUUAAUGCUCAUCUCGAGGAUUAUGUGGGCAAGUAUGUGAAUUCAGGGUUGAAGAUGACGUUGGAUAUCAGACAUAACACAAGUAAAAGCUUGAUUAUGGUAGUCAAUAAUGUCUCGUCACAGCACCAUCGGUUGACUCACCUUGCUGGAGACAGGCUGGGAUUUCUGCCCUCUUCACGGGAGGAAUUCAUAGUUCGGGAAUUCAUUGAUUGGUUCAAAUGGGAUCAAUUCAUUCUCAGCUUUCAUCGUCAUGAUGAGUUGGGGACGGUGAACGGAGUUAAUUGGGGUUUGCAAGUUGGUGUUAUGCCAGUGUACUUUGAGAGGAUAUCCUAG